AUGGUGCUCGAGAACGAAUACAAAGAUUACAAGGUCAUCGUGAACCAAGAAAGGAACGAGAUAAAAUUGUGCCCGCAUCCUGAUUCAACCAGUGGGGAACGGAGCCAGGAUCCGCUCGCCACCUCUCUUCCCACGAUGUUCAGCCAAAUUCUGGUCAUGAUCGUCUUGAGCAGCUUCAUCUCCGUCCUCCUCAAGCCCCUCCAUCAGCCUCGCUUCGUUGCCGAUAUCAUCGCUGGCAUCCUCACAGGGCCGACGUUGCUAGGAGAUGACACAAGCAUACACAAUCACUUACUUCCUUUCUGGUGCGCGCCGACCAUGGAGGCGUUCACCACCUUGGGUGUCAUGUACUACAUGUUCCUUGUCGGGUUAGAGAUGAACUUGGCUCCUAUACUUCGAAUCCGGAGGAAAUCCAUAGGCAUUGCCCUGGCCGGGAUUCUUAUCCCACUCGCCAUAGGAUUCGGCUCAUAUUUCGUGAUUGCCCCGAAAGCGGAUCAGACGGACAAGAAGUGGUUGAGGCAAAAGGGAGCCUUUGUGUGGGGCAUCGCCCUCACGGCCACGAACUUACCCGACGUCACGCGGAUUUUGUCCGACCUCAAGCUCCUGCGCACGGAGACAGGAAGGAUCGCGCUGUCUUGUGCCUACCUAAGCGACAUAGGCACUUGGCUGUUACUCGUUACAUUGAUCACGAUCUCUCACGAUGACGUCCUCCCCAUUGCGAUCGGCACUGUCGUCUUUGUGCUGUUCUGCAUGUUUGUGGCCCGUCCGGUGCUCUUGUGGCUCAUCAACCAGACGAUGGACGGGGAGGAGUACACGGAGCACCAGGUCCAGUUCGUCCUCUGCGGAGUCAUGCUAUGGGGCUUCAUAACAGAUGCGAUAGGAUUGUACUCGAUCUUCGGGGCUUUCAUGUUCGGUUUCAUCCUUCCUAGCGGCCAGCUCGCAACCCUAAUCACGGAGAGGCUCGAAAGGGUGACAUCAUGGAUAAUGCUGCCACUCUACUGUCUGUUGAACGGCCUCCGGACCAAUGUCCCCGAGAUGAUACCGCAAGGAAGGAACGGUGGGCACAUCGCGGUCUUCAUAUGCUUGGCUUGGGUGGCCAAGUUCUUGAGCUCCCUUCUCGUCUCCAUAUACUGCAAUACAGAACGACGAGAAUCCGUGACGCUCGGAGUGCUCAUGAACACCAAAGGACUGUUGGCCAUUAUUGUCAUCAACAUUGGGCGUGAUCUGAUGCUUCUGGACAUUGAGUCAUCUGCGGUGAUGGUUAUAGCACUCCUGGUGAUGACAUUCACGGUCCCUCCAAUCGUCAGGCACACCUACAAACCUGAAAAGCCUAUGAUGCUGCACAAACGGAGGACCAUCCAGAGCAAUGGGCUAGAUUCGCCGCUUCAAGUCCUCGCGGGCAUCCACUCGAUGCAGAGCAUGCGCGGCAUCGUGAACCUACUGCAGCUCUCCCAUGCUACCAGGCAGUCCCCGAUCCACGUCGUGGCCGUCCACCUGGUGGAGCUCACGGAGCACACUUCAGCGGCGCUGCUGGUCGUGCACGACUCGUACAAGUCAAGUUCCUUUAGGGCAAGCGAGGAGAAUGCCAAGGCCGAGUCAGGUCAGAUCAUCGAAGCCUUUGAAGACUACCAAAGGGAAAGCAACGGCACGGCGUCUGUCGAAGUUUUGACCGCUCUGUCGCCCUACACCACGAUACACGUGGAUGUUUGCAGCAUUGCGGAAGACAAGCGAGCUUCGAUCAUAAUCAUACCGUUCCACAUACAGGGAAAGAACAAUGACGAACCCGAGAGCAGCAGCACUUCCAUAAAAGACGUCAACCAAAAUGUUCUGGCGGGAGCACCGUGCUCUGUAGCAUUGCUUGUCAACCGGGGUCUAGGGAUGUCCAACCACAGACCGCGCGCAUUGCUAAUGUUCUUCAUUUGCGGGCCAGACGAUCGGGAGGGCCUAGCGUAUGCAUGGAGGAUGGCAUUCCAUCCUGAGGUUCGCUUGAGAGUCGUGCGGUUCUUAGGGGACGACGCCAAAGCCCCCGCGCCACUGGACAACCCCAAGGACAGCGACGGGGCUUUCACAAUCUAUGAGGAGCACGCGAGGCAAAGAGCAAUAGACGAAGAUUACUUAAACGAAUUCAAGUCAGAGACGAUGAACAGUCUGGCCGCCACUUACACAGAGGAAGUGGUGAACGACUUGAAUGAAACCCUGACCGCUAUAAGGCGAAUAAUGGAGCGAGAACCAUGCGAAUUGUGCAUAGUAGGACGAGGGAAACAAAGCACGUCCCCGCUCGUGGCCAACCUGUUGGAAUUUACCGAGUACCCGGAGCUGGGAGCCUUAGGAGAUGCAAUCAUCACCUCUAAUUUCGCAGGGAACUCAUCUGUUCUGGUAGUGCAGCAGCAUACCAACAAUGUUCCAAGAUCCGAAGCUGGGUCGAGCAGGUUUUUGGCCAAUGUCGGUCCAUGGAAAGUCAAGAACUGGCAGCUCAAGGGCACUUCUUAA